AGCGAUAAUACCAAUACCCUUCUGUUUAUGCCUUUAUGGCCUCCUGGCUCAAAACAAACAACAGCCCCGACAGAGGAGGAAUGGCAUCGCCACCCGAUCCUGCUGACCGGAUGGGGCACGCCACUGGGAGAGCUGUUCGACCUUGAUGCGCUGGUCGAGCUCUGCGCAAAGAACAGGCGCUGGCCCUUCUUCACAUCGGCGCAAUUGAACUAUACCGGCGCCGUGGCCUUGCCGCCCAAUGCGAUAGCCAUCAUGUGAGUAGGAGAGGGGAAGGACUUGAGUGGGCAAGCAUGCUUGAUUGGA